AUGUCGGCCCCACGCGCUUCCUCCGCCGCCGCCGCCACCACCGCCUCCUCCAAUCCGCCUGACCAGAUCAUGCACUCCAUGAAACGCCAACUCCCCUUCUCCUCCAUGAAACCGCCCUUCUCCACCGCCGGAGACUACCACCGCUUUGCCCCCGACCACCGCCGCAGCCUCGACGCCGAAGCCGUCGUCGUCAAGACUCCCUGGGGUUUGUGGUUCAGUGUUGGUCGCUCGAAGAGUUUGCAGAGAACUAGAGAUCUACUCAAUUCAGGGAUUGAAUUAAGCAAUGAGGAACUUGAAAGGAUGUGCUUGGUUGAUCAUCAGAAGAUGAGUUCGAGAUUAACGUUGGAGCCUGCCAAAUGCAUAGGUUUUUAUUGGACAUUUGAUUUGACCACGGAACAUUCACUUUAUCCAUAUGUUCCUUGGUUAGGAAUUCUGAGUUUGGCUCUGACACAUUCUUUUGGGGUGGCUUUAAUACUUUGGGCUAUUCUCCAUUAUGAUAAGAUGAUUAUGCAAUUGAAGCGGAAGAGUGAAGCAACUGAUUUUGAAGCUGAUUCUGGUGAUAGGAUGACUCCUGGAUCCACUGAACCAGCUAGUAGUCCUUUUCAGACACCUGUAUCAGGAAAGACAGGGAAGGGUGGCAAAUCCUCUAGGAUGACAAAAUGCAACAGACUUGGAACUCAAACCCCAGGCUCAAAUAUUGGUUCUCCUUCAGGCAAUAAUCUCACUCCUGCUGGUCCAUGUCGUUAUGACAGCUCUUUAGGUCUGUUGACCAAGAAGUUCAUCAAUUUGAUCAAACAAGCUGAGGAUGGUAUCCUUGAUCUGAAUAAAGCUGCAGACACGCUGGAGGUGCAAAAGAGGAGGAUAUAUGAUAUAACAAACGUUCUUGAAGGGAUCGGCCUUAUAGAAAAGAAACUAAAGAACCGAAUUCAGUGGAAGGGACUGGAUGUUUCAAGACCUGGUGAGACCGAUGAUAGUUUUGCUAAUUUACAGGCAGAAGUUGAAAAUUUAACAAUGGAGGAGCGCCGGUUAGAUGAACAAAUAAGGGAGAUGCAGGAAAGACUGCGGGAUCUCAGUGAAGAUGAAAACAAUGAGAGGUUACUUUUUGUUACUGAGGAAGAUAUAAAGAAUUUGCCCUGCUUCCAGAAUGAGACCUUGAUAGCAAUUAAAGCUCCUCAUGGCACCACUUUGGAGGUCCCUGAUCCUGACGAGGCUGUUGAUUAUCCGCAGCGGAGAUAUAGGAUAGUCCUCAGAAGCACAAUGGGCCCAAUAGAUGUUUACCUUGUUAGUCAAUUUGAAGAGAAGUUUGAAGAGAUUAAUGGUGUUGAUGUUGCAUCCAAACUUCCAUCCAGUCCAGAUGUUAACAAACAUCAAUCAACAGUGGUCCCAGAGGAUAGAGGGAAAGGCAUAGAAGUUCAUGGACAAGAUGUUCACGGGCCGAGUUCAGAUUUUACUACCUCUCAGGAUUUCGUGAGUGGGAUCAUGAAGAUUGUUCCUUCAGAUGUUGCUAGUGAAGCUGAUUACUGGCUUUUAUCAGAGGCUGAUGUUAGCAUAACUGACAUGUGGAGAACAGAACCUGGAGUUGAGUGGAAUGAACUGGAUCCGCUUCAAGAAGAUUACUGUGUGACUCGCGAGAACACUUCGACCCCAAGUCAUCCUUCAAAUGUAGGUGAGGUGUCUUCCGCAUCGAAACCCACUGGAGGUUGA